AUGCUGGCAAGGUCGUGUCUGCGCCCGGCGCGCACCCUCAAUGGGCUUCGAAAUGCCGCCGUGAACGUCUCCAAGCGUGCUGCUUCAACAAGCUCUGGUGCCGAAGCUUCUCCCGCGCGCCUCAACAUCGCCGCUAUUGCUUCCACCACCCUCGCCGCCGGUUCUCUGGCCUGGUACUACCACCUCUAUGGACCCGUGGCCUUUGCCUCGGCCCCUGCUGAGGAAGGUCUUCAUGCCACUCACUACCCUUGGGUUCACGAGCAGUUCUUCAAGACCUUUGAUCACCAGGCUCUUCGUCGUGGUUUCCAGGUCUACCGUGAGGUCUGCGCCAGCUGCCACUCCCUCUCUCGAGUCCCCUACCGAACUCUCGUCGGUGCCGUCCUGACUGUCGACGAGGCCAAGGCUUUGGCCGAGGAGAACGAGUACCCCGACGAACCCGAUGAGCAGGGCGAGAUCCCCAUGCGACCUGGAAAGCUGGCCGACUACAUUCCUGCUCCCUACAAGAACGACGAGGCUGCUCGAUUUGCCAACAACGGUGCUCUUCCCCCGGAUCUGAGCUUGAUCGUCAAGGCCCGCCACGGUGGCUGUGACUACAUCUUCAGCUUGCUCACCGGUUACCCCGAGGAGCCUCCUGCUGGUGUCACCGUUGCCCCCGGCAUGAACUUCAACCCUUACUUCCCCGGUACCGGUAUUGCUAUGGCUCGUGUUCUGUACGACGGCCUCGUCGAGUACGAGGAUGGUACCCCUGCCUCCACCUCCCAGAUGGCCAAGGAUGUUGUCGAGUUCCUCAACUGGGCUGCCGAGCCUGAGAUGGACGAGCGCAAGAAGAUGGGCAUGAAGGUUCUGGUUGCCACCUCGGCUCUGUGGGCUCUCAGCGUCUGGGUCAAGCGAUACAAGUGGGCCUGGCUGAAGUCCAGAAAGCUUGCCUACGAUCCUCCCGCGGAGACCAAGGUCCGCCGAUGA